CUAACAGAAAAUUUUUUCAGAAAAAACCAAACACACAACAGUUCUUGCAAUGGCCAAGAAUGCCAGAAAGUGUCACUUGUAAGUUAAGAGUGAGAAGGAACUUGUGCAGCAAGUUUGGUGUAAUAAAGUGCAUCAUAUAGCUUCUAGAUGUUGCAGUGUAAGUUUAUGAGUGUGAAUCCUGUCAUGAAGGCAACACUGAAGUACCUGGCGGGGAUUGCCGGCCCGAGUGGCUAUGGCUCCAAAACAACUGCUGAUCAGGUUGCUGAUGAUUGUCUGCCUUCUUUCCAUGCUUCCCAUCUCACUGCAAUCGUCACCGGGGCCACGUCGGGGAUCGGGGCUGAAACAGCUAGAGUUCUAGCAAAGAGAGGGGUUAGAGUUGUGAUGCCAGCAAGGGAUCUAAGGAAGGCAGAAAAGGUUAAGCAAAACAUACAAAAAGAAAGCCCACAUGCAGAGAUAAUCAUUUUAGAGAUAGACCUGAGCUCAGUUGCUUCAAUCCAGAGAUUUUGUUCUGAAUUCUUAUCUUUAGGAUUCCCUCUUCACAUCCUCAUAAACAAUGCUGGCAAAUAUUCACAGAAAUUGGAAUUUUCUGAGGACAAAAUUGAGCUGACCUUUGCCACUAAUUACUUAGGUCAUUUUCUGUUAACAGAAAUGUUGUUGGGUAAAAUGGUGGAGACAGCAUCAGAAACCUGCAUUCAGGGAAGAAUAGUGAAUGUAUCCUCUGUUGUUCAUAAUUGGGUGAAUAGCAAAAGUUUUUGCUUCAGGAAAUUGCUUAGCCCGAAAAGCUAUCACGGUACUCGCGCCUAUGCACAGUCGAAACUGGCUAACAUAUUGCAUGCGAAGGAAUUAGCAAGACAACUCAAGGCAAGAAAAGCUAAUGUAACUAUCAAUGCUGUGCAUCCUGGAAUUGUAAAGACUGGAAUAAUCAGGGACUACAGAGGCUUUAUCACAGAUUCCCUCUUUUUUAUGGCAUCCAAGUUCCUCAAAUCAACAUCACAGGGUGCAGCAACCACAUGCUAUGUUGCAUUAAGCUCGUGGACAGCUGGGAUGAGUGGGAAGUACUUUGCAGACUGCAACGAGAGCCACUGCUCAGCUCUUGCAAGUGAUGAAACUAAAGCACGGGAACUGUGGAAGCAGACACAUGCAUUGAUACAAAGGCAAUUGCUUCUGCCAACAGGCCAAAAUGUUGAGGGCCCUGCCACAAAUAAGAACUUGAUAGAAUUAGGGUGUAAAUAACACAAUAGUGUUUCCAACGCAUAGAGUACAUCAUGAGAGUAAUAUAAUCCAAUUCAUGGUAAUAAAAAUCUAUUGUUUAUGAUAA